UAAUCUUACCAAAGGGCAGCCAUUGUAAGACGCUAAACACAUAUCCAUAUCUUUCCAUGUGGCAGCCCCACAGAAGUGGAGCAUAUUUCCAUUUCGCUAUCUUUUUAUCUUUUCUGUGAUCAUGAGUAUAUCCGUAUCUUUUGCAAAAUCACCAAAACUAGGAGCAAUGAAGAAACUCGUAACAAGCAGGUAAAAGAAGAAGGGGAGCAAACAAACAAAUAAGCGGCCAAAAAAAAAAAAAAAAAAAACCUUGAAUCCCAACAAAAAAAAAAGCAAAAGGAAAAACUACUGGUCACCCAUUUGCCAACCCAAGAUCACCAUUCAAGAACCAUCCAUCUUCUCAAUACCCAAAGAAAAGAACACCAAAAUUGAAGAGAAGAUAUCAUUUUGGUAGUAGUAGUAUUCUGUUGUUGUUGUUGUUGUUGAGAGAUGUCUGGUGUGGUUCUUUGGGUGGUUUGUCCUAAAGAAAUCAACACCAACUCUCUUGUUCCUCUCCUGCCCAGAAAUGGAGUUCCAAUUAGGAGAUCCAAAAUGUGGUCUUCUUCUUCAUUUUCUGCUUCUAAGCUGAGUUUUUCAAGUGGGGUUUCGGCAUAUUCUGGAACAGUCGCAAACCCGCAAAGAUCUUCGGAAGAGAAGGUGUAUGAAGUUGUGCUGAAACAAGCUGCUCUUGUUAGAGAACAGAGGAUCACCCGCAAAGAGAAAAAAGCUUUGGGGUUGAUUGAAACUGAUAAAACCACCAAUUGGGAUCUCUUGAAUGAAGCUUACGACCGUUGUGGUGAGGUUUGUGCUGAGUACGCCAAGACCUUUUAUCUGGGAACAUUGCUCAUGACACCAGAACGACGAAAGGCUAUUUGGGCAAUUUAUGUGUGGUGCAGAAGGACCGACGAGCUUGUCGACGGGCCUAAUGCUUCGCACAUUACACCAAAGGCUCUUGACAGAUGGGAGAAUAGAUUGACCGAUCUUUUCGAAGGUCGUCCGUUCGACAUGUAUGAUGCUGCUCUAUCUCAUACUGUCUCGACGUACCCUGUAGAUAUACAGCCCUUCAAGGACAUGAUAGAAGGAAUGAGGCUAGACUUGAGAAAAUCAAGGUACAAGAACUUUGAUGAGCUAUACCUUUACUGCUACUAUGUUGCUGGGACUGUGGGACUUAUGAGUGUUCCUGUAAUGGGGAUAUCUCCGGAAUCCAAAGCUUCGACAGAGAGUGUUUACAAUGCUGCAUUGGCUCUAGGGAUAGCUAAUCAGCUCACUAACAUACUCAGAGACGUUGGAGAAGAUGCUAGGAGAGGAAGAAUAUACCUCCCACAAGACGAACUCGCGCGUGCUGGCCUUUCGGACGAAGACAUCUUUCGGGGGAAAGUAACGGACAAGUGGCGGAGUUUCAUGAAGGGCCAAAUAAAGCGAGCUAGAAUGUUCUUUGAAGAGGCUGAGAAGGGUGUUGCAGAGCUCAAUGCAGCAAGUAGAUGGCCGGUGUGGGCGUCUUUGUUAAUAUAUAGACAGAUAUUGGACGCUAUUGAAGUCAAUGACUAUGACAACUUCACAAAGCGUGCUUAUGUAGGAAAAGCAAAGAAAUUCCUAUCUUUGCCUGUGUCCUAUGCCAGAGCGCUUAUUGGCCCCUCAACAGUGUCCUAGUUGAUCAUGUUAAAUACCAAUUUGGCAUCUUGAGAUUUUGAAUUGUCUCAAAAUUGUAAAUUCCUGCUUAUACUAUUGAAGAAAAAAUCAUUUUAGGGCCGUACAAGUUGAAUUGUAUAUCUUAGGUCAAUUUUAAUGAGCGAAUGUCUACUUAUAAUAGCAUAGUUUUCACCUUUCAAGCUGGAAUAAAAUCAUUUUUUUGUCUCAUUUUUGCAAAAA